CGGGUACAUGAGCGGCGCCGCUCCCCGUGUGGCCGCACACAGUACUACACUGACUACAGCAGACACCACGCUGUAUUUUCGCGGCAAAAUAAGGCGUGUUGUCACCGCCCCCAGCCGCAUCCUGGGCUCUGAUUGGCUGUCAAGGGCCAACUUGACCGGGGCGGAGGUAGAGAGAACAUGGAGAAUGGGAUUGAGUCUGGGCUGUGAAUGAAUGACGCCGCCGUGUUCCCCGUUAUACAGCAGGCAGGUCCCGUAGACAUACACAGCGCAGUCUGUUCUCAACCCGGGGUCUCCGUGUGGUGAGAAGCCGGGAUAGGAGGUUCACAUCACAGAAAAUAAUCAUUCAACCUUGUAUUCUGGCAUUUCACCAUAAAAUGUAAUUCAUCUUGAUUUGUUUCAUAUAAUAUUUCAAAGCAAUGGAUAAAUUUGUCAUAAAAAAGAAUCAAGUGAAAAGCAAAAGGAGCCAUAUAGAAGAAUGUGCAGGACACUCAGACGUUGGCGUUCCUGAAGAAAGUCUGACGGUGAAGAAGAGUAGGUGUGAUGUAGCUGCUCCGUUACUGGAACAGAGUUAUGUGUGGAGGAGAAUCCGGGCAGAUAACCUGAGCUGUGAUUACACUUCUCUAUUCAACAAGACUGAAGCAAAUGAGAUCCUACAGCAGCUGGAGAGGGAAAUUGUGUAUUUUUCAGGGGACAUGAGUAAAGUUCAAGUAUUCGGAAAAUGGCAUAAUGUUCCCAGAAAGCAGGUGACUUUCGGAGAUGCAGGAUUAACUUAUACGUUUUCUGGCAUUACCUUGUCUCCCAAGCCAUGGAUUCCAGUCCUGGACCUUAUAAGGGAGAGAGUAAAAUCGGCUACAGGACACCUUUUCAACUUUGUUCUUAUUAACAGGUAUAAAGAUGGGAAUGAUCACAUUGGUGAGCACAGAGAUGAUGAGAAGGAGCUUAUCCCACAAAGUCCUAUUGCGUCUGUGUCUUUUGGAGCUAGUAGGGAUUUUGUCUUCCGGCACAGAGACUCCCGGUGUGCAAGUUCUGUACGUCGCAUAGAACCUGUGAAAGUGGAACUGGCCCAUGGCAGCUUGCUUAUGAUGAAUUUCCCAACCAAUGUUUAUUGGUAUCACAGCCUCCCAGUGAGGAGAAAAGUGAUUGCCCCCAGGGUUAAUUUAACUUUCCGCAAAAUUGUUCCGCAAAGCCUGAAAUAAAGUGGAUCAUUUACACCAGUUCAUAUAUAAAUCUCAAUUUUGCAAUGAGCAAUUGUCAAGCAGCUUUAUUCCUAAUAAUGAUCAGCAUAAUACUAGUUAUCAACAUAUUAUACCAUUAUAUGGCUCUGAUCACACCAUCCUGUGGCCACUUAUCUCUGCAGUGCGCUUGCUGGGAGCCGUAAUAACUGGAUCCUAGAAAUUACAGCUCCCAUGCACAGUGUUAUUGCCCUGAACUAAUACGGCAGUCAGAGCCACUCUCUAACUUAAAGAAACAAUGGUUAUGAUGCCAUGCAUAGAGGACGGUGUGUCAUGGUGCUACUCCCAUGCACUAUAAUAGCCAUAAGCCAGUUGUCACAAAAUCCAUUUUACAGGCAAACAAAAGGUGGCUAAUGGCAGGGUUUGUACUGCCCUGGUGUAAUAUAUUAAAGUAGAGGAUGUUCCUUCCUACUAACCUGUUUGCAAGCAAUUGUUGAGAUUGUACAUUGGAAAUAGAUUGUUGGAAAGUGUUAUAUUUAAAAUAAAUGAUUAGU